AGUGAGUGACCGCGCUAACAAACGGUCGGUGCAUUAAGGAGCUGUUAAAAAUGGCCUCUAAUGUGAUUAAAUGUAAUUCGUGUAAUGUAGUUAUAAAUGAAGUAUUAGCGUUCAUUAUAAACAAAGUGGAUGUUAUGGACGAAAAAAGUAUACAUUUAAUAUGUAAUAGUGCUUUCUCACCGGAGGAUAUAUCGACCGCAAAAAGUAUGCUGUUCGACUCAAUACCGACUGCAAAACGCAAGAUACGUCGCAAGCAGGGGAAGAAUGUGCGAGAACUGGACGAUAUUAUAGAUCUAAUAAAAAGUACGAACACCGAGGAUAUGCCUAUUUUUGUUGCCAAAGAUUUGCAUAAACUCCCGCCGGUCACAUUCGACCAUGUAGAUGUUACGGGUCUUUUAAAAGAUAUUGUAAUGCUGAAAACUGAUCUUAAACACGUUCAUGAAAACUAUGUCACUGUCGAUGACUAUAAUCAGUUGAAGAUGGGUAUGGAAAAUUUAAUGCAUGCGUCUGUCAUAAAUGAUUUUCAAUAUAUAAAUAAAAAGCGAGGAGCGCAAUUUGGAAACAGUUUUACAUGUGAUAGUGGGCCUAUGGGAUUGCAAAAUAUUCCUGUAUCUAAUACAGAUGAAAAAAUUUGUGACAACAAAAUCUUAUCACCGCAAAAAAAUACUAAAAGUGUGAUGGAGGGUACAACACAAACUUUGGAUUAUGAGAAUCAACAGCGCAUGACGGUAUCAAUCGAAAAACCAGUUUCGAGCGCGAAAACGGGACCUACCAUGAAUGUAAAAGUCACUGGAGUGAGAAGGAAUCGAGAUCGAUCACGUAUUAUGGCAGAGGUACUAAGCCCAACUAAUACGAAAGAAGGAGAACCAAUAGUAACAAAAAACGAUUGGACGUAUGUUACUAAGAAAAAGGUUAAGAAAUACAGAUUUAUAGGACAAUUGGGAAAGGCGUCUACGGAUGCGAACGGAAGGUUUAAGGCAGCUGAAAUUAAAGUACCACUUUUUAUAUCUAACGUAUCAAAAGAUACGAAGGAAGAGGACAUAAGUGAGUACAUAAAAAAGAAGACAGGUGAUAUAGUUACUUUAUAUAAAAUAAACACGAAAAAAGAAAGAUCUUACAAUUGUUAUAAAUUGUUUGUUUCUAAAAAUAAAAUACAGCAGUUUUUGAAUGAUGAAAUUUGGCCGGAUGGUAUAUCUUUCAGACGUUAUGUCUACCUAAAACAUCCAGUUGGUAAAGGUGAAAAUAAUAAUAAUAAAAAUGAAUAAGAAAAAAGAUAUAACGCAAUUUGUAACUUAUAAUUGUAAGUCAAUUAAGCGUUCUAUUGAAGACGUUAGACGCUUGUGUCAGACUACUGACCUGGUGGCACUUCAAGAGACUUGGUUGCUUCCACAUGAUAUUCCCUACCUAGGACAGGUUCACGACGAAUUUGAAUAUACAGGUAAGUCGGCUGUGGAUACAUCCGCGGGAAUACUUCGUGGAAGGCCAUACGGCGGCGUAGCUCUGUUAUGGCGUAAGAACGUGAUUCACGAAGUGUCUAUUAUUCAAUGUGAGAGUGUGAGACUUGCGGCGAUUAGGGCCUCGAUCACUGAUCGAUCUAUACUUGUAUUCAGCGUAUAUAUGCCUACCGACGCAACUGACAAUUUACCUGAGUUCGCCCAGUGUUUAAGUGAAAUAAAUUCGAUUAUUC